UCAGUACCUCUGAUUUACACAAGAGAAAGAAAGGUCACACAAUUUCAGGUGUAGUCUGACAACUUCUGAGUACUCCAGUACUCAGUUAAGGAGAUAUUUCUGUGGGGCCAAGCACAAGAGCAUCUGUGGAGACAGAGACUCUUAUCUUUUUGGAUCCCCUCUGAAGCGCUGCAGUUCAUCAUAUGGUUUUGCUCACAAGUUGGGGGUUUGUUCUGUAGAUAUGAUCUAACUGUGCCUAGAAAAAGAGCCACUGGUGGCUGCACCGAUUUGUAACUGUAAGCAAGAGACAGUGAACAACUAGGUUCUGUUGUCUCUUGCUCAAUCUUGAGCACUUCAGAAGUCUUGUGGUGUCACUAGAGUUGAUCUGAGAUUAGGGCUUACAUCCUCACUGAACUGGGGUCCAGGUUAGUGACACAACAGUGGUGGUGUUCUUUGAGUUCCACCAGCCACGUACUCCCCCCUCCAAAACCAAAAAAGUACUGCUCUCUGUUUUCUGACUCUCUAAUCCUUUACCCAUCUAAUUCAUUGUGAAUUAAAGCAGAAUUCACAUUCAUUCCCUUUUAGAAUAUCCUUAAAGACUUUUAAACUACUGAUGUGAUCAUUCAUCUUCACAAGAACUGGCCAGAUUUUGCUCUUGAUAAGGGUUGCUUUAAGCAGAUCAUCUGUAUAGUAGUAAAUAUGUUUUCCACUUUUGGCUACCCUAGCAACUUAAAGGUAAUUGGCUGUGCCCUGAGUUGGUAACCCAAAUAUUUAAAAACACGAUUAGUUAAAGUUUAAUCCACUGUCAUGAUGAUGAUGUGGCAACAGAGGUUGUGUGUCAGGAUUCAUUCUUCGCCUGGAGAACAAGGUGGCAAUAACACUCAUGCAGUAUGGUCUCUUGCGGAGUAUGGGAUGAGUGAAGCAGACCUCAUUAAUGGCUGAAAGGAGGAUUUUCCACCAUGAACGGAUACCCAAACUGCUCUGCUAACCACACUAACAUUUGGAGUCAUUAUUUAGUACUUGCGCUGGGCAUCCCUCAACUGACCAUUAACAUCGCAUCUGUGAUCUUCAACUGCACGGUCAUCUUCACCAGAAUAGCGACAAAGGAUCUGCACAAGCCUAUCUCUAUACUCUUCUGCAAUUUGGCUUUUUCUGAUCUCUUCACCAGUUUUUCUGGCUUUUGGAUUUCAACGCUGUUCAUCACCAAUCCUGACAUUACAAUCUUUGGAUCCGAGGAUAUGCUUGCACCUUAUGCCUUAUACACUAUGUCUAUUUUAUCCACCAUUUAUAACUUGGUAAGCAUUGGAAUUGAACGCUAUCUGGCUGUGGCUGAAAGCAUGAGGACAAGAUUCAGGGCUGCUAGAAACCAUUCCAUAGCUGUGGUUUUAAUUAACUGGGUCCUUGCUUUCUUUUUGGGCUGCUUGCCGUUGAUGGGGUGGAACUGCUUGCAUAGGAGAAAAAACCUCUCUGUCCUCUACAGUCCAUUUUGCGUAGACUACCUCAUCUUCAUCACCAUUCCCAAUGUUGUGGUGGCGGCUUUUAUCAUACCUCUGUUCACUUACCUUAGAAUCAUUAUCAUCCUGAGGAAAAGAAAGCUGAGGAUGAAAGCAUGUGGACAAGCUACUGGCACCUACAAAUCAGCUGAAAUCCAGGUUGCCAGAACCAGCAUCUUUAUUUGGCUCCUGGCGUUGAUCUCCUACGCCCCUUUUUUCGCAGGAGUCAUAUUCGAUGCAACCAACCACCAGUGCCACGUUGAUCUCUACCCGGGCAUCUACAUCUUUCGAAACUGCACGGCUAUGCUGAUAACCAUGAACUGUUUGGGAAACCCCAUAAUAUACACCCUGAAAGCCAAACCUCUGGGGGAUAAACUCAAGGCUCUGAAGUGCCUCUCCACCAACCGUGUCCGAGCCUGCACCGUCGAGAACAUCUAG